CAUCACCUCACACCAUCAAACUCCUACACCUUCAAUCACCCAUUGCACUCCACAACCAAGUUCAAAUAUGCUGUCGCAACGUGUUAUUCUUGGCACUGCCCGCCGUGUCCCUGCCCAGAUCCGACGGCCCGUACAGAGGCGCUGGGCUUCAUCGACGCAGGAAUUUACUGGAGCUGAGGACAACGCUUUCAACCGCGAGAGGGCGGCUGUCAAGGCUCAUGCCGCGGAAUCUGCUGAGCUCUGGCGCAAGCUUUCCCUUUACGUCGCAGUCCCAUGCCUGAUUAUCUUCAGUGCCAAUGCCUGGACGCUCUGGAACGAGCACUGGGAACAUGAAGCGCAUGCCAAGCCACCAUCUGAACGCCCACAGUACGAGUACCUCAAUAUCAGGAACAAGGCCUUCCCGUGGGGUGACGGCGAUAAGACCUUGUUCUGGAAUGACAAAGUCAACUACAAGAAGCCCAUUGAGGAGUAGGACAUGGCAACAGGAGCUGUACGUUAGGAAUAUCGGCAAAUGGACAAAAUCAGACCACGCCUAUGGAGAGAAUUUACUUUGUAAAUAGUACUAGAAACUAUCGAAUGUGAUGGUUAGAGUUGCUGGGUUAUACUGUGCGCAGUCUUGGUUUGAGUCCUCAAAUUCACGCUAUUAUGCAUUAUCGCUUUUGUGGCCAAACUGCCUCUCAUACAGCGUGAGGUACUUUGUAGCCCAAUCCUCAGCCAGCUUGAG